CAGAGAAGAAGGAGAAGGGGGUGGUAUCUCGGCUGAAAUCGUUUUCCGGGUUUAUGGAUAUGUAAACUCCUGAAUGUUAAACAGUUAGAGCGCUGACCAGGACCCUGCCAUAUAAGAUGCUGCUGGUUUUGUCUGAAGACCACAAAGAACACCUCUCCUUCCUUCCGAAGGUCGACACUGCAGUGGUUGGUGAGUUUGGUCGCAUAGCUCUGGAGUUCCUAAAGAAAGGGACCACCCCCAAGAUCUAUGAGGGAGCAGCCAGGAAGCUGUGUGUUCCUGUGGAAAUGGUGCAGCAUGGAGUGGAAGGCCUGAUGUAUCUGAUGACAGAGAGUUCCAAACACAUGAUCUCUGAAGUGGAUUUCCUGGACUCAGUGUUGGUCUUGGGGUUUGUUGAAGAGCUUAAUCAGAUCCUUCUACAGCUCUACCUGCAGCACCAAAGUCAGAUCCGCAGUGUCCUAAGUCUGCUGCCCUCCAACCUACCUGCCUACCACAAUGUGGAAUGGAGACUGGAUGUUCAGUUGGCAAGUCGUUCAGUCCGUCAACAGGCCAUCCCCAUGCUGUCGCUACGGCUGCUUCUGAUGAGAGGUUGUGACAGCUGCAUUGACCACAGCAGCAGGGUGCUCCAGACAGACCCCAGCACCCUCCUGCAUCUCAUCUCCACGUUGGAGGCUGCUCUUGCUGCCAUGAAAACCAGUCACACUCGCCGCAUAUUACGCAACAUCAAAUAACUCCCCUUCCCCUGCUCUCUUUCUGUGUAAUGUGGCGGAUUUGCACAUAACAGCCUUUUAUACCUGGAACACAUUAAGCAGACUCUCUGCAACCUUCAGUGCAGUGUUGAAUGUUUAUUUUGGUUUGACUGUUAAACUAUGUUUUACCUAUCUGAAUAGUAAGUGAUCACUUCUUUAUUACUCUUGAGUCACGAUAUGUGCCAAACAGUAUUAACUGUAUUGUGUGUAAGUUUCUAUAGUCCUGAUAUUGAAUUAAAAUGAUAACCAGAGAUGAAAGAAAAUGUAAACACUGAAAGGCCCUGACUUCACUUCAGUUCAGUUUUAUUUAUAUAGCGCUCAAUAACAACAAAAGUUAUCUUAAGGCACUUUUCACAUAGAGCAGGUCUAGACCGUUCUCUUUAUUUUUAAGAAGUACAUUUGUCUCAACAUGACUGGAACAGAACAUUAACAUGCUGUAAUGAUGCCAAAGAGUGUUUAAAACUGAGCAGAGGAUGGACAGUCAUUGCUCUUUCCAUUAAAUGCAACAUGAUAUGUAUUCAGUUCAUGCUUGUAUGGUGCAUAACAAUACUUUUUUAUUCAGUACAUUUGAUUCUGAGCCAUGAUAUAUAAGGGCACAUCAAGCUUAGUGAAAACUGCCCAGUUGAAAGCAGAUUGAGGUGCACAAUGAUUUUUGCCAGUGUUUGUCCUACUGAUUGGACAACUAUUGCAUUUUAUGCUUUGCUGCAAUUUUAAAUCUGUAACAGCAAUGACAAGUGAUCAUACUUUCGAAAAAUCUUGUGCUGAAACAAAAAAAUUGAAUGCAUAAGUCAGAUAAUUAGUUAAAAUCAAUAUGUUCCUCAGUAAUAAGUGCUGUUAAAAUCUGGUGGUCUUAACCCAUUUUAGCUGCUGGACACUGUUUUAAGCAAAUGUUACUCCAACAAGUGGCAGAAUAAUCUGCAUUUGGUGCUCUAGGCCAGGGAGUGUUUCUGGGGGAUUGUGUGGGAUUGAAUCAAAAGGUAUGUCUGUGUGUGUUCAUAGUAAUGAAGGUACAUGUCAUCCAUUGCAACAGUGUGGCUCAUGUUUUUAUGAGUUUUUGUUGACAACAGUGGAGCUUUAUAACACAGAGGAAUGAGAUAUAUCAGACUUUUAUAUACACACAGUAAUUUCAGAAAAUUCAUUUUUGGUUUAGUUCUUUACAUGCAAUGAUAUGUAAAAAUGUAGAAAAUAAAAAGGUAAUCCAUUAAUAAGAUACAAAAAUACAGAGUACUUAUCACAAAUCAUACAUAACCUGAUAAUUGAGGCUAUUUUUAUGGGCUACUUGGAUUCUCAAUUUUAAGCACAAAUAUAGUAUUUCUAGUAAAUUACAGUAAAAAGGAAUAAUUCAUUGUUUGAAAGACAUGUUGUAUAAUGAUCUUGUGUUGUCAUUGCAACACGACUAACAAAAAAAUACAUAUUUUAAUACUUCUGUACUCCUGUACUUAACACAAGUUUUGCACUAAAAUAAGGCAGUUGCACAGAUUAUUCAACAUUUUGAAUGUCAAUUGUGUCUCUUAACUACAAGACAACAAAAUGACUGUGGGUUAAUUAAAAGAGUGUCAAGUUCA